CAUACUGUACAAAAAAAAAAGAAAUUUUGUUCGCGACCGGUAUUAAAAAAUAGUACUGAUGUCAAAUCCAAAGCAGAUAAACGAAAUGAUAUAGCAAAUGCUCAGCAAGAUCCAUUACUGUUAAUGCAGGACGAACAACUACUUGAUUAUGCAAAAAAAUUGGAAAAAUCUCUCACAAGAGAAAUGACAAAUAAUGAGGAAGAAACGUCUGAACAUAAAGAGGAACAAAUAGUGCUGAACAAUAAGUCUACUAAAAAAAAUGCAAGUGAGGUCGAAGAAAAUACAGACAAAAUUAAUAAUGAUUUUAAAUACAAUUCACAUGAAACAAAAUAUAAUUUUACUCUAGUAAUUUUAAAUGCUAUAACGAAGAUACGAUUCAGUAUAAAAAAUAUACAACAGGAUGUACAUUUGAUGAAAAACAAACUAUUUGGAUACGAAAUUGGUAAAUUGGAAGCAGCUUUGAAGCAACAUAAAUUGGAUAUCCCCUUCAAUGAUUUUGACGCAUGGGCUCAAUUUCAAAUUUUGAUCGAGAUGGAUAAAACUAUAAAUGAUUCUUUUGUUACUACAAUUGAGUUAUGCUUAGAUAAAGUAUCUAAUAAUCCAACAAAAAGCAUAACUAAUAUAUUAAAAAAAAUUAUGACUCGAGAACUCGCAACACAGUUUACUGCAAUAAAAAAAAGUACUAAUAAAGAGAAUAUUUUUAAAGAUCAAAAGGCAUAUCUCCCUAUUAAAA